GAUGGAGAAGGACCAAGCAGCAAGCGGGCCAAACAGUCGGCCUCCGAGCUGCUGGCCCGGUUGGAAGAGGACAAUGCACCCGUUGAAGAGUUUUCCGAAGCAUCGAUGAAAAAGCUGGCCGUGAGCCUCGAGCGCAAAUUGAAAAAGAACCAGCAAAUGCGCAUCAAGUAUCCGGAUGAGCCUCUCAAAUUCAUGGAUUCAGAGGUGGCACUGCACAGCGAACUCGCCGGCUUUAGUUUGGCCUCCACUGCGCCUGAAUAUUACCAUGUCCUGGUCAAGUACGGCACGGCUGCUACCCUGAUGACGUGCCUGAACCACGAGAACACGGACAUUGCAGCUGCUGCGGUCACGGUGUUGAUGGAGCUAACAGACACCGAAGCCCUGGUGGACGACCCUCGGGAUGCCGAUGCCCUCAUUGAUGCCCUGCUGGCCAACGACUUUAUGGAACAGGCCCUGGCACUGCUCGCGCGCUUUGAUGAAGCAGUCAGCGAUGAGGCCGAGGCCGUGCACAAUGUCAUGGCAUCCUUUGUUCUCGCAUUGUCUCAUCUCAUGAAUGAUGGGUCGCGUCUACACCGCAGCAUCAAAGUGGGCACAGACAGUGGGCUUGAAGUGCUCUUGCGCAUUGUGGCUGGAUACAAAAAGGUGGAUCCUGCUUCUGACCAAGAGGGUGAAUUCCUGGAAAAUACUUUUGAUGCCAUCUGCAGCUGUCUGAUGGAGGAGCGUACGUACCCCAAAGCGCUGCUCGCUCCAGCCGCACUAGCCCGAGCUCAAGUCCGCAUGAGGUUCACCGGUUUACGGCUGCUGGGUGGCUGCGAAUGUUUAGCCAAUAAAAACUUGUUCGUCGAGCUCGAGGGCGUCCAACUCAUGGUGCUGUUGCUGCGCAAGAAGCAAGCGGCUCGGUUUGGGGCUCUGCGAGUGCUCGACCACAUCACUAUGAGUGGUGAUGCAAGCCUUCAAGCCUGCAACAUCUUUAUCGAACACCUGGGCCUCAAGAGCCUGUUCCCUUGUUUUAUGAAGACGCCGCGGAGUAAAUCCUUCAAAGCGGUGCAAGGCGACAAGGCCGUGUAUGAAGAACACGUCUGCAGUAUUGUGGCUGCACUCUUUCGCGAAAUCCAGGAGCCGCCAGAGCUGCGGGCACGCCUGUUGGGCAAGUUUGUGGAGGACAACAUGGCAAAAUGCGUGCGUCUAGCUGAGCUUCAUGCCUUUUAUGCCCAAAAGCUCGCGGAGCGGGACCAACUGAUUGCCGAGGAACGGGCGCAGCUGGAGCAACACGGCGAAUGGGAUGAUGCAAUGGAGGCCGAGUUUUACGUGGAUCGCCUUGGGGAUGGCCUGAGUAUGCUGCAGCUCAUCGACUAUGUGGUAGCCAGCGUCAUUGUCGGGUGCCAAGGGCAGAUGUAUGGAGAGGUGGCCAAGCUGUUCAACAUCAAGGGGGCGCGUAUGACGCAGGUCUUUGAAGUCCUCAGUGAUUAUGCAGACAAUAUUGGCGAUGAAGACAAGGGCGAGGCAAGCCAAGCCAAGCAAGUGCGCGCCCUCUUGCUUCAGCUGCGACAACUGGCAGCCGCAUAAGACUCUUUCUUCAAAUCGACCAAAAGAUAGUGC